AUGAGUGCAUUUACAUCACAAACUGCAGACGAUCCAACUCUUGAGAGAACCUACAGAGGUCAUCAUGGUACAAUAACAGCACUUAGUUUCUGUCCAAGUAUGAAGCGUAUGGCUUCGGUGUCAAUGGAUUCAACAUUGUAUAUUUGGAAUUUUAAACCAAACCUUAGAUCAUACAAAUACCAACAACAUGAGAAGGGAGGUGUGAUGUGUGUCGAAUUUUCUCCUCUUACAGGUAAAUUAGUGGCAACUGGUGGUAAAGAUAAGACUAUUAGACUUUGGCAACCAACUAUUGAAGGAAAAUCAACCAUCAUCAGAGGACAUACAAACACUGUGAGAAGUGUACACUUUUCAAUGGAUGGAAAACGUUUAUUGUCUUCAUCCGAUGAUAAGACAAUCAAGCUGUGGUCCAUUUCAAAUCAACAAUUUAUUCAGGUCUUUUCCGGUCACUCUAACUGGGUAAGAGCAACAGAUUUCUCACCUGAUGAAAGAUUGAUUGUCAGUGGAAGUGACGAUAAAACUGUGAGAUUGUGGGAUAUCAAAUCAAACAAAUGUAUAAUGUCUCUUGUGGAACAUACUGAUAAUGUUAAUGAUGUUCAUUUUUCUCCUGAUGGAAAUUGUCUAGUUUCUUGCAGUGUUGAUAAAACUGUUAAGGUGUGGGAUGUAAGACUUGCAAAGAAACUCCUCCAACAUUUUACAGGACACGAAGAUAUUGUAAAUCAAGUUAGCUAUCAUCCGAGUGGAAAUUAUAUUAUCAGUUGUAGUACAGAUCAAACUAUGAAGAUUUGGGAUACUAGAGAAGGAAGACUCUUUUAUACAAUUAGUGGACAUGCUGCACCAACUACAGCUGUCACGUUCUCUCCUCUAGGGUAG